CAGUGAAUGACAGUGUUUGAAUGAAAAUGUGUCAAAUAAUCGAUUCUUUGCGUUAAAGGUGGAACAUUCAUAUUUUUUCUCUCGUAUACACAAAUUCCUUAUCAAAUCGUUAUAACGUAGAUACGAGUUGACUUUGUGUGGCACACUCUUAAUCGCAUUUAUUGCAUUCCAAAACCGAAAAGAAGGCAUUUAACGACGAAUCAGUGUAAUCACAUCACACACUGCAUGUGUCUGAUCUCAUAGAAACUGGUUUUGUAUUUUGGGUUCGAUCACUUUGAGAAAAAGACGAGCAUUGAUAUCAUGGAUGAUUUGGAGAAGCAGCUACAGCAGUUACAAAUGUUGAAUAAUCGUGAUUUGUCGCCAAAACCAUCACAGGGAUUAUUGUUGAAAAAGGUUGCGCCUGAAAUUCCACCAAAACCCAAAAAGAAUCAAAAGAAUCAAUCACAGUCUCCAUCAUCAAGCACAAGUCCAAUAAUAUGCGAACCAAGCUAUUCACAAAUUCUGCAGGCACACUCACCAGCGGCCACAAUCCACAAUAAUGAUUACAUUAACAUGAAAUUGACACUGGACAAUCCGGCUGUCCUGGAGCAGAAGUUGGAAGCUUUAGAACAUCAUAAGAGAGUGUUAGAAAAUCAACAACAACGUCGAUUACAAUUGCAGCAAAAGGGUGAACAGCCUGGAUAUGGUUCCAAUUCCAAUUCGUAUCGUAGAGCGGACGGACCGGUUAGCAAUGGCAGUAAGAUUUACGAGAAUCAGUCCCGAUUGUAUGAAAACAUGAAAAGCAAUGAACCGACGUACGGAAGUUUGAAUAAAUCGAUUCCGAGUAAUAACCACGAUAAACGAGCCGAUGGCGGACUGGUUUAUAGCAACAUAAUGCACGGUAAUAGCAACGGCCGAAAUGGCAGUGCUAACAAAACUGAUACUCGGAAUCCUUACAGUAAUAUGACGUAUGAUGGUAACUUACAAGAUGAUUUACCACCUCCACCACCAAUGGACUUGCCGCCGCAAUUAACAUUGGCUGAUAAUGAUUAUCACCUUAAUCAUCCCAACGAAGAAGAACUUCCACCGCCUCCUAGUCCAGUCAGUUCUUCAUACAGUUCAUCGUACAGUGAACUAAGACGAGCAACAGGAAUGCCAUCGUAUCCAUCACAGAAUUAUCAACACUUAAAUAAUGCGGGUGUACACGGACAUCACGGAAAUGUUGGUCGCAAUGAUUUAAUGCAGACCUAUGCUAACAGCUAUCAACCCGAUUACGGUUAUGUUCCCAGUUCUCAGAGCAUCACUUCGGAUUACGCUUGCUAUGGUGGUUCUUCGCAGGGAUCCACUACCUACGAAUCCCUUUACGAACCGAUUAAUCCACGACCACCCAGCCAAUUGUCAUCAAGAUCGAACUAUUCUUUGUACACUCCAUAUGUGAGUGGUCCACAGGGCGGCAUCAAUGGUAAAAUGCCUAGCCAUAAAGAGGCAGAAGUGGAUGUAUUGACGGAUCUACUCGUGCAGAGCAUGGACAAUAACCAAGACAUUGAUAGUUAUGGUACAUGUGUUGAAUGCGGUGAACGCGUUGUCGGAGAAAAUUCGGGUUGCACGGCUAUGGAACAAAUUUAUCAUAUAAAAUGUUUCACCUGUUGCCAAUGCCAAAUGCCGUUACAAGGCAAACCAUUUUAUGCUUUCGAUGGCAAACCGUGCUGUGAAGAGGAUUAUCUAAAUACACUGGAGAAAUGCUCAGUUUGUAUGAAGCCGAUUUUAGAAAGAAUUCUACGUGCCACCGGAAAACCGUAUCAUCCACAUUGCUUUUGCUGUGUCGUUUGCGGAAAAAGUUUGGAUGGAGUACCGUUUACAGUUGAUGCUACCAAUCAAAAUCAUUGCAUUGAAGAUUUCCAUAAGAAAUUCGCUCCUCGUUGCUGCGUUUGUCGAGAGCCAAUUAUGCCCGAACCGGGCAAAGAGGAAACGGUGCGUGUUGUUGCACUUGACCGAAGUUUUCAUGUAUCUUGCUACAAAUGCGAGGAUUGCGGUCUGCUAUUGUCUUCCGAGGCAGAGGGACGUGGAUGUUUUCCACUCGAUGAUCAUAUUCUUUGCAAGAGCUGCAAUGCGAAGCGAGUCCAAGCGCUGACCAGUCAUAUGACCACCGAGCUAUAAAAAUGUUUACCUCAAGUUUAGAAGGUAGGCGGAUACAAUUUGUCCAAACGGCACCACGGUUGUCAUUUCGAAAAGUUUUUUUUUAAAGAGAAAUUUUGUGAUUUGCUUAUAUAGAAGGAUAAUACUCGGUAACAGAAUUUAUAUGAAAUUGUUUUUUGAUAAAAUCAAUAUUUACAACUGGAAACAUUGAUGUUUACCAUAUCUGACCAACAAAAUCAUAACACCAACGACACCGAACAAUUUGUCUCAGAUAUUUAAAUACGAAAACCCAUCAUCCCGAAUAGAUUUUACUUCAUUCAUUAUUAAUAAUGUGACAAUACGGACAGUACUAUCGACCAGUUUAAAUACUUCGAACAGAUAUUCAUGAUCAUGAUCCCACAUAAAUACUUAUCUCGUUUAACGGCUUUUGGUAGAUGGAUCGAUGUUAUUGUGAAAAUUUGGUAACAUAAAAUUUGGCUUAAGAUUUAGCAUGAAAGUCCGAGAGCCUGUGUGCAUAUCAUAGGAUCACGGUUUCAAACCUAUUUAUGUCAUAUUAUACCGCCCGAUACGAAGAACACUUGGUUCACGACUUACCACGAUUCAUUUUUGAGCGUUAGGAGCGCACAAACUCAUGUGGUCGAUUACACGUCUCAGCCGAUCGAAAUGAGUCCAAACGACGAUGUUAUUAAACAAUGCGUAUGCGGUUGCUAGAUAGCUGCCGUGGACUAACUGAAGAAUGGAAGUUUUCAAUUUUUAUUGAAACAUUCUUGCCAGGCGAGGCAAAUUUUCGACUUAUUUCCUACGACAGGACCAAUUUAUUCUUCAUAAGAUGCUAACACUUUUAUUCUGUCAUCAAAUUUGAAUUCUUUGCGAUGUUGGAAGGCUCGCUUCGCUCGUUUGAUAACAUCACAUCUAGUGACCCCAUUUCGCAACUUGUUGUUUAAAUAACUAUUGUGGACGGUAGAUAUUAGGUUUCGAACGAAGUAAGACAGAAAAGGACAACGAAUGUUGUACAGUUGGGAUAGUGUAAUAUGACAUAUGGGUUUAAAACAGUGGCCUGAUAUGCGCUCAACCUCUCGUUCUAUGAAAAUAAUUAUUCAAUUGGAUGAGUUGAAAGUUUUCCAUUAGUAUGUCGUUAAAUGAAUGUGACCUCCAGCGGUACAUUUCUUCGAAUAGAUUUUUUUUAAAAAAUGUUGUUAGAACAGUGGCAAGGCAUUGCAUUUAAUUAUGUUAAACACAAUUUUUCCAUGUUAAAAGUUUAGUAAACAUCGCAUUCUUUAGAGAGACGGUAUUAUGAUAACAAACAUUCCAAACGAUAUUUAUAAUCUUUAUAAUCAUUAGUAUGUAAGAUGAAAAUGAUGGAGCCUAGCUCUAAUACGCUAAAAUUGAUGCAAAAAGUAAAUUCUUUUCUUUAAAAAAUUUGUAAUUAAUUCCAAUUCCCUAUAUUGCCAAUAAAAUCUCUACAGUCGCAUUCGAGGACAAAAUAAAACGUUGAAA